AUGAGUUCAAGUUCUAAAAGGAUUAAGAACGUCUCCAUAAGUGUACCUGUAUAUUAUGGCAAUCAUGCGGUUAAAUUAGCUCCAGAAAAGAGAACAGAAAAGACGCCUGUAGACCACACUCACGAGUGGACUGUAUUCAUCAAGCCUGCGAUCGAGGGAUUCGAUUUAACUCCUUUAAUCAAGAAAGUGACAUUCAAAUUACACGAAACUUAUGAAUCGCCUGUCAGAACCGUAGAAAGACCUCCCUACCAAGUUACUGAGACUGGUUGGGGUGAGUUCGAAGUGAUCAUAAAAUUGCAUUUCCAUGCUGGAGUAGAAUUAGGAAUAAACGAGAAAAAUUUCCAGAUUUUCCAUGGAUUGAAACUACACCCUUUUAAUCCCCAACACCCACCGAAGCCUAAUGGUGAAGUUCACUCUGUAUUGUACGAUGAGUUGGUCUUCCUGGAACCAACAGAAAAGGUGUUUGAGAUCUUAACCCUGAAGCCUCUGAACUUGUUACCUUAUAAGUUGUCUGAUCCGCUGAAGAGAGACCAAGAAUAUCUUAGGACUGAUGAACUUGACGAAUUAUCGAAAUUGGAUGUGUACAUAGAACAAGUAAAAGCAGAAAUUGAGAACCAGAGGAAUCUUUAUAAGGAUUUGGAACAAGAAAAAUUGGCUUUGUUGCAGUAA